CUAUGUUCGCGAAUGCAAAUUCCAAAAGAAUUCCGUUGAUAUUGCAGAAGAAAAGACUCAGAGCUACAUGAAAACUGAAACAACUACCAUAAAGGCAUAAACAUCACCAUAGACAGUUAGACAGUGUUUGGAAAGAGAAUAAGUAUGAUCAUACGAAGUAUUUGGAAGCAUCGUGUGGCUCCAACAACUUCCUUGAUCUCCUCCUCAACUUCACUACUCUCUCACACUCUCGCGCCGGAGAAGGAACAACAAUCGCCGCCGCUUCUCAUUUCGCACCCCUGGCCUGAAUGGAUUCACCUCAUCGACUUCCUGCUCAAGAGAGGCUACUUUCUUGCCAAUCACGAACUCAGUUUUGGUCCAAAAGAAUUAUCCAAUGCUAUUAGGACCGCAUGCCUCAAUUUCGGUAGAGACCAUUUUGAUCUUUUGAGGUUCUUGCCUAGAAAAGAUAUAGCAAAUACUGUAGCAUUCGGAUGUCCUAGCUUAGACAGGAAAGUGAUAAACUCAGCGAAGCGUCUCAGGGCACAUUUGAACUUUGAUGAGGGAAAUGUUUGCAGCUCCUGUAAUUUGAGAGGGGAUUGCGACAGGGCAUUCGUGAAGGCCCGUGAAGAUCAAGGUGGAAGAACAGUAGAUGUUAUGCGCAUUAUUUUGACUUAUGGUCUUGACCCAAUUAUUGGUUCCGUGGAUAACAAAACAUGUCUAAAAAAGAAUGUCAAAGAAUCUGUGAGAAGUCUUCUCAAAGAAAUAGUAGAGCACAGUACUAGCAACAAAAAUCUUUAUCUUCCAGACACCACGGAGGCUGUCCCUGAACAAGUGCACCCGGAUCGACAAGACAAGGGCAACAUAGAUGUUCCUAUGAAGCAAGGCGACUGGGUUUGUCCCAAAUGCAACUUCCUCAACUUCGCCAGAAAUAUCAGGUGCUUGCGCUGCGACAGUCUAUGUGAGCAAAAAAUAAAGCAAUUUAAGGAGGAUAACAACCACCUACCGUUGAAGAAAGGAGACUGGAUAUGCAACACAUGCAACUUCCUAAAUUUCGCAAAGAACACAAGAUGUUUUCAAUGCAAAGAAAAGCCUCCCAAGCGGCACCUUAAUCCAGGGGAGUGGGAAUGCGACUCGUGUAACUACAUCAAUUUCAGAAGAAACAUGGUUUGUCUCAAAUGUGAUCACAGACGGCCUAAGGCGUCUUCUCUUCAACCCGAACAAGAACAUAACCAUCAUAAGAAUAACAAAUUGACACAUUCAGGACAUCAGGUUGGUUGCCGUGACAAAUCGCUGAUGGAGUCAGAAAGACAGAACAGCAAGAGAGGUUCACUUACUUGGAGAUUCGUAGAGGAUAAAAAUGAAAAUCACAAGCGCUUAAGUAAAUUGAAGGAUCCCUCUCAAUUUAUUGAUUUUCCUAUUGCUGGAGGUAAGACCAGCUUAUCUGAGCCACAAAGAGAAGCAUAUAAGAAUGAGUUGCUGAGUCAGAGUGAAACAGAUGAUGACUUAUGGUCUGAUGAUAACGUGAGUACUGAUGAGGAAGAGAUGGCUGAAUGGUUUGGGAGUGCAAAGAAAGUAAGGUAGGAUUCUGGAAGUGAUUAUAGGUUUGAAUAUGAAGCAAGAGUAUAAGACAUUAUUCCAUAUCUGCAAAGAAUGGAGAGAAUUAGUUAAAUUUGCUAGAUUGGACAUAUUUAUUAAUGGCCAAUUCUAUGGUGCCUUUUGUUUGGUACCUAACU